GACCACCAGAUAUAUGCCAACUUCCUGCCCGAGUCAAUCACUAAGAACGAAGAACAAUCCCCAAUUUCUCAAUUCACCAAAACCCUAACCCUCGUUCUCCCAAUUCUCAAUCGACCCGUUCCCCCCAUCCCAACCCAAACCCAUCUCGAAUCCUUGUUCCCUAAUCAGCCAAGAUGGUGUUAGCGGAAUUAGGAGGGAGCAUCUCCCGUGCUCUCCAGCAGAUGAGCAACGCCACCGUGAUCGACGAGAAGGUCCUGAACGAGUGCCUCAACGAGAUCACACGCGCUCUUCUCCAAUCCGAUGUGCAAUUCAAGCUCGUCCGCGAUAUGCAGACCAAUAUCAAGAAGAUCGUCAAUUUGGAGGAUCUCGCUGCCGGUCACAACAAGCGUAGGAUCAUCCAGAAUGCUAUUUUUAAUGAGCUCUGCAAAAUGCUUGAUCCAGGGAAACCCUCUUUCACUCCGAAGAAAGGAAAACCGAGUGUGGUCAUGUUUGUUGGUUUGCAAGGGUCUGGAAAGACUACAACUUGCACAAAAUAUGCAUAUUAUCAUCAGAAGAAAGGUUGGAAACCUGCCCUGGUGUGCGCUGAUACUUUCCGAGCUGGUGCAUUUGAUCAGUUGAAGCAGAAUGCUACCAAGGCAAAGAUUCCGUUUUAUGGAAGCUAUAUGGAGUCGGACCCUGUCAAAAUUGCGGUGGAAGGAGUGGAGACUUUUAAGAAGGAGAAUUGCGAUCUUAUAAUUGUUGAUACCAGUGGGCGUCACAAACAGGAAGCUGCUCUUUUUGAAGAGAUGCGUCAGGUGGCUGAAGCGACGAAACCAGACCUUGUUGUAUUUGUUAUGGAUAGCAGUAUUGGUCAGGCCGCGUUUGAUCAAGCUCUAGCAUUUAAGCAAAGUGCUGCAGUUGGAGCUGUUAUUGUUACCAAAAUGGAUGGUCAUGCAAAGGGAGGUGGUGCUCUUAGUGCUGUUGCAGCAACAAAGAGUCCUGUUAUAUUUAUUGGAACAGGAGAGCAUAUGGAUGAGUUUGAAGGGUUUGAUGUUAAGGCCUUUGUCAGCCGUCUAUUAGGCAUGGGUGACUGGUCUGGAUUUAUGGACAAGAUUCAGGAAGUUGUUCCUAAACUUGACAACCAGCCAGAGCUUCUGCAAAAGCUUUCAGAAGGGACCUUCACGCUGAGGAUUAUGUAUGAGCAGUUUCAGAACUUGCUUCAAAUGGGCCCACUUAGCCAGCUGACUUCAAUGCUUCCAGGUGCUGAGCUAAUGCCAAAAGGUAAUGAUAAGGAAAGCCAGGCCAAAAUCAAGCGGUACAUGACCAUGAUGGACUCGAUGACAAAUGAAGAGUUGGACAGCACAAAUACAAAAAUCAUUACUGAGUCUCGUAUAGUGCGAAUAGCACGAGGUUCUGGUCGUCUGGUAAGAGAAGUGAUGGAGAUGUUUGAAGAGUACAAGCGCCUUGCUAAAAUAUGGAGCAAAAUGAAAGGAAUUAAGAUUCCUAAGAAGGGUGGUAUCAGUCCACUAAACCAAAACUUUAAUGCACAGCAAAUGAGCAAAGUCCUACCUCCCCAGAUGUUGAAGCAGAUUGGUGGCAUGGGUGGCUUACAGAACUUGAUGAAGCAAAUGGGUUCAAUGGGUUCAGCUAAAGAAAUGAUGGGAAUGCUUGGAGGCGGGGACAAAUAGAUAUUGACGACAAUUAUGGAGAUGAUCGAAUCUCCCUCAAGUUACAGCAGGCCUAUGUGAACCAGAGAGAGCGUCCUGGGACUGAAACGCGCUAUCCUUUUCUUUCUUGAGACAAUUUACAGGCAGCUAUGCUUAAGUUGAUACUGCUAACUUCUUUGCCAAAGAAAAUCUCUAUUGCCAACUAUUAUCCCAGGCAUCUCUCUCGAUUUGAUUUAUUUUAUAUCUUAAAUGGCAGUAGCAUUACUAGUUUUGUUAUAAUGUGUUUUGUAUCAGCUGUAUCAGUUCCCUUUCUUUGUACUUGUUAUUGGCUCCUUUUGGCUUUUGAUUAACUACUCAAAGUUUCGCA